CAAAACCUGUUGCCAAUUAGGAGCAGUGAGCGCCACAUGUGGGCUAGACGUAGCUAUCUCCAGAAGGGGCAAAGGGGGCAGAAACCGCAGUGCGCGCAAUGGAGGCAAGCUGAAGAGAUGAUCAAGCGAGGUCUACAGGACUGAAGGACUGGUGCGCAAGAGGGUCACCAUUCACACGUGUCCUGUUUACAUUUUUCCUUUCAGCGUUGCAACAUGGCACGAGUUUCUACUAUAUUUUUAUUCUUUGUUACAUCUAUACUCGGCACAGGGACUGUAUCUGAGAUCUGCCGAGGGUCGCACUGUUUCUCUGGCCAGGACUGGAGCAGACCGUGCGUCGGAGCGCACUGCCAAGGGCGCGCGGAGGCAGCAACGUCCCGACGGCAAUUUCAUCACUCCGCACAAUCCAGGCAAGGACAAGUCUACCCGAGUUACCAACAAGAUGCUCAUUUCAAACACCACCAAGCUCAGAGCGCGCCGUUAGCACCGUACGUUGUCCACCCUCAGCAGGGAGGCUUUGCGCAACAAACGGCUACGGAUGGCAGCAGGAGGACGAACCCGAGGACCAUCACCGCUGAGGUGUUUCAUCCCGGCUGCGCCGGUGGGACCUGUCCGACCACUGUCUCUAAUCGCCAAACGAGUGAUGACAGUGCAGCGCGGGAGUGCAAAGGGAUUGGAUGUAAACUGCCCCCCCGGAUGCGCCAGACUCCCAAAUCUUGCGUCGGAGACGGUUGCGGUCCCCACGCAGGAGACGACGGGAGAGGGAACUCUUCUCCGGUUCGUGUGACGGACAGAGCAGCACAGUUUCUGGACGAGCUUCCAGACUUUGGGUCGGAGCGUGGUGCGUCGAUACAGUUGACAUGUGACAUGAAACCAGGAACCAAUGAGGUUCCUUCAGAGGACGCUCUUGUGCUGCAGCUGCAGCUGUCUAAGGGCCAGGAGAAGCUGGUUGAGGCCCUCAGGGGCCAGCAGGACGAAGUCAGGGAGCUGCAGAGGCUCCUGAGUGAGCAGCAGGGGACGCUGGUCAGCCAGCAGAGAGAAAUACUGGAUCAACAAAGGAGGAUGCUCGAACAGAUGGAGCAAGUGAAAGCACAGUACAACAUCCUGAUGGACAGCAUCAAACAAACAUCUUUCCAGAACCUCCAGGGGGAGCUCGACAGUCACAUGGAAACCUUGAGUGGGCAGGUCAGAGCCCACCAAGCACAGCAGGCUCUCUCUUUGCACAAGGUGGACAUGGACGCCAGCGUGAUGGAGGUGGGUCGCUCUCUGAUGGCCUGUGGCAGCUGUGGCCCUGAGGAGUACUGUGGCUACAGCAGCGGUCGUCCUCGCUGUGAAAGGUGCACCAUCUGUCCCGCCGGCUUCUUCCUGGUCGCUCAGUGUUCAGUCCACGCAGACAGAAUCUGCCAGGACAGAGAUGAGUGCCUUGAAAUAGCUGAUCUGUGUGGAGAUCAACAGAAGUGUCUUAACACACCAGGUGGAUUCAGGUGCCAGGGCAUGACAGAGCGAGACGCCAACUCAGGAAUGUGUGGCCACGGCUACUUCUACAAUUCGGACAUGGAUGAGUGUCAGGCCUGUAAUGAGUGUGAUGGAGAGCCUGUAUCUUCACCCUGUACCUCCACCACAGACACCAUCUGCUCCAGCCCUGCUGUUGGGGACAGCGCCCUCUCUCUGUCCUGGGCCGGAGAUGUGAGUCUGCCAGGGGCAAAAGGUCGCAUCAUGUCUCACGCUUUCCCCAGCGUGCAGCUUCACAUCCAGGGAAGAGGCGACGUGGGUCUGGUGUCUGCCGAGGACGGGCAUCUGGUGCUCAGGCAGCACGGCCUGAUCUGGCUGGAUGAGAACCUGUCGGUGAGCCACGGCUGCCGCAGCUUCAUCCAGUUGUGCCUGCGUAUGAACAACACAGACGGCUCUGAAGGUCGAGACCUCAGUGGGGUUAGGGUGGAGCAGCAGGAAGGGAGGUCACUCCAGAGUGUCAGCAUCAGUGGGGUGGCAGAGGUUGCCCCGGGUCACAUGAUUUCUGUCUUCCUUAGGAGUGCCAGCCAACACUGUAACCAAAGUGGUGAGGGUCUGCAGCUGUAUGACCCGUCAGCAGCUCCACUCAGCCUCCUGUGGCUCUCCCAUGACACUGGGGCUGUCGCCAUGACGGCACAGGCAAUGGUGUCCGUACACUAUCAUACAAACUAUCGUCCAGUCUUCCGCACCACCUCCAGCUCUGACCCUUAUGUAGUGGGGCUGACUCAUGAUGGCCGUGGGAUCCGUUUUGCUGAAAGUGGCACAGUGCGUUUUGUAUUCCAGCAGGCUUUGUACUCUAUGGGCCAGGCCUGUGUCAGCGAAGGCUUCCAGCUGUUAGCUUACAUCAACCGAAAUGGAACCGGCAUGGAGCUAUGCCGAACCUUCAAACCAGGAGUCCACUACCGGGACACGUCCAUAUCUCUGUCUGGAGCAGCUAAAGUUGGCCCCGGGGACACACUGGGCUUUGAGAUCCUCUCUCCUGCUCAGUGCAAUGUUCGCUUCUUUGGUGACGAGACAGGCAUCAGCACCCUCAGUUUGGUUUGGGUCCCCGCUGCCAUAUCUUCCUCUCUGUCUGCCUCCGUGGCUCACACCGGCCUCCCUUCAGGAGCUGUCCGAAACAAGCCGCUGUUCUUCCGCCAGACCAGCUCUCAGGUGUCCCAGAUGGGGCUGCUGAAAGGAUCCACAGAACAGAGACGAGAUUUUAUCUUCAGGGAAAGUGGCACAGCCAGUGUAGCUCUGGAUCUCAAACUCAUUCACUCCUGCAACUUGGUCAAGGUGACUCUGCUCAGGCGAAGUGAUCCAGAGGGGUCAGGAGGAGGCCGGGAGGCGGAGGGAGCACGGCCCGUCCCUCUGGCCCAGCAGGUGGGUGGCCAGAUGCCAGAGGGAAGUCAGUGGGCCAGUGUGAGCCUGCGGGCGUCCUUCCAGGUUUAUAACGGCACAGCGGUGUUCUUCACACUGGACUGUGUACGUGGACGGGUCAACCAGAUCAGUCACCACACAGGAAGUGGAGUGUCAAUCCUCUGGGUGGCAGCACAAUAAAAGACAGACAAAAGUUUGCUAUCUUGUUUUUUAAUAUGGUUUCCAGUUCAAUAGACUUUUGUAGGAUGGACUAGUUUCAUUGACUUAUUUUUUAAGUAAUCACAUGACAUUUUGGGAAAAACACUUACUUUCUUUCUAAGAGAGAAGAUUGACACCGCUCUCAUUUCUGUCUUUAAAUAUGAAGUUACAGCCAGCAGCUGGUUAGCUUAGCAUAAGGACUGGAAACUGCAAACCUGGCUCUGAGGUAACAGAGGUAACAAAAUAAGCCUACAAGCUCCGUAAAGCUCAGUAAUGUGAUAAACUUAUUUUCUGUAUCUGUAAUCCGCACAAAAAGCAGCAAGCUAACCGUUUCCCUCAGCUCCCAGUCUUUGUGUUAAGCUAAGUUAACUGUCUCAUAGUAAUGGCUUCAUAUUUAAUGGACAAUUAAAGUUAGAGCUUUUCAUCUAACUGUCAGCAAAAAAGUAAAUAAGCUUAUUUCCCAAAAUUUCAUACUGUUCAUUUUAGCUUUUAGCUUCAUUUAAAAAAAAAAAAAGCUCAGAUAUGAAAGUUUUAUUUAACUGUAUCAUCAUUCUUCAGUAUUUGUAUUUAUAUAAUGCAAGUAUUAGUACUGUGUAAUGAUUUCUACAGAAGUAAACAAUGGCUCUAAGCAUCUGUACUCAUACAAUAAUAAUUUAGAACACACUUUUUCUUUCAUGCAACUUUCUGCUUUUUUAAAUGUCUUUUAUUUAUGUAAUUCAGUUAAAGGCCUUCAGAUCAUUCUCAGUACGACUACAGCAUUUUCUGCUGUCACCAAAAGUGGUUUGCUGGUGCUGGUUUCAGUCAGGAUUGUGUGGUUUUUUUUAAUUUUUUUUAGGUGCAUGUGUUUCAUGUUAGCCGCCAUUUUCUAAUGUGAAUAUCUACUGCAUGCCUUGUUUAAUGACCACUUUCUGCAUAGUAUGGACUUAAAGAGAGUCAUGUGUUUCAUUGAGGCCAUUGCUGACAUUAAACUGUCCUGAAGAGACAGCAUGACAUUUUAAAUACCAACAGUUUGAGAUAUAGUUACUGUUUACUCAGACUAAGCUGUAAUAAAGUGUAUAUUUGAUGUUUUAUAGUAAAUCCAAUAAAGAUGUUUUACCAGA